AUGAGCUCCCUAGCACGCAAGCAGUCGAUGCUCGGCUUCGAGCAGACCUUGAUGUACGGUCACUACAAGGAGGACCUGGCGGAGUUUGCCCGCAGCCACGCCGCCAAGCUGAGCCGGCUGAACAAGCGCGACGAACGCCGCAGUCGUCUGCCCGGUGGCAAGCUCUUUGUACCCCAGCUCACAGCCUGUUGUUCGGUAAUAUGGAAGUACACCUUUGCAAAGAUUGGCGAGGACUGGCUCUUCCUUGCGCUGAUGGGCAUCAUCAUGGCCAUUCUCAGCUUUGUCAUGGACUUUUUCAUUGUGCAGUGCCAAAAAUCCCGUAUGUGGCUGUACGCGGAGCUGCUGGGCAACAACCUUGCCCUCAAGUUUGUCGGCUGGUCAGUCAUUCCCAUGCUGCUAAUACUUUUCUCCGCCGGCUUUGCGCACAUUGUCUCGCCGCAGGCCAUCGGCUCUGGCAUUCCCGAAAUGAAGACGGUGCUGAGGGGGGUAAUCCUCCACGAGUACCUCACCUUUCGGACGCUGGUCGCCAAGGUGGUCGGUCUCACCUGUACCCUGGGCAGUGGCUUACCGCUGGGCAAGGAGGGCCCCUUUGUCCACGUCGCUUCGAUUGUGGCGACGCUGCUCUCCAAGCUGGUCACCUCCUUUCAGGGCAUCUACGACAACGAGUCGAGGACGGGCGAGAUGUUGGCGGCGGCCUGUGCAGUGGGCGUGGCCGCCACCUUCUACUCGCCCAUCGGCGGGGUGCUCUUCAGCAUCGAGGUCACCUCGGUGUUCUUUGCAGUGCGCAACUACUGGCGAGGCUUCUUCGCCGCCUGCUGCGGGGCCACCGUCUGGCGGCUCUUUGCCGUCUGGUUUAAGAAUGAGGAGGCCAUCACUGCUCUUUUUAAGACCAGUUUUCGCUCGGACUUUCCCUUUGACCCUCAAGAACUCUUUGUUUUCGCGCUGAUUGGCGUCCUCUGCGGUUUUGGCGGAGCCGGCUACGUCAAGUUUCACCGGCAAAUUGUGCACUUUUUUCGAAAUCACAAACGGCUAAACGCUUUUCUUCAGUCAAAUCGCUUCAUCUACCCCGGUCUAGUCACCUUCAUUCUCCUGAUUGUUUCCUUUCCGCCUUUUCUCGGAAAGUACAUGGCAGCUACGCUCUCAAACCACGACACCAUUGAAGACCUGUUCAGCAACGUCACUUGGGGCGCCAGCACCAACGAUUCGACGCGACUGAAGAUGGUGAAACACUGGUCCACUGAUCACACCUCCAUUUACGUCAACCUGACUAUUUAUGUGCUCAUGACGACUUGGAUGUCCUUGAUUGCGUCAACAAUUCCCGUGCCCAGCGGUACUUUUAUCCCGGUUUUUAAGAUUGGCGCCGCUUUUGGCCGACUAGUUGGCGAACUGAUGGUCCUCUUCUUCCCUUUGGGAGUUCCCUUUGGCGGCAGCACCAAUCCCAUUGUGCCGGGUGGCUAUGCGGUGGUGGGCGCCGCCGCCUUUGCCGGCGCCGUCACGCACACCAUCAGCGUCUCCGUGAUCGUCUUCGAACUGACCGGGCAGAUGACGCACAUCAUUCCGGUGAUAAUCUCUGUUCUGAUAGCGAACGCCAUCUCACAGACACUGGACCUGAACAUCUACGACUCGAUCAUUCAAAUUAAGAAGCUGCCCUUCCUUCCGCCCAUCCUCACCACCUCCUCCUCGGCGCACAACAUCUACGUGGAGGACAUCAUGGUGCGGGACGUCGUUUGCAUCUGGCGCAACUGCACCUACCGGGACGUGAAGGCCGUUCUGGCCGGCCACCCCACGCUGCAGUCAUUUCCGCUGGUGGACAAUGGCCUCAAUAUGAUCCUUCUCGGGUCGAUUCAGCGGGAUCAGCUGGCGCUGCUCAGUCACAGUCGCCUCUCCCGGGAGAGGAGGUUGCAGGAGGUGCGUCGGCGGUACUCAAUUCAGGAUGCACUCGCCCUCACGCCGCCUGAUCCCACGGAAAAUGGAGGCGGUCAGUCGAUUAAAAUGUCCACCGUCCACUACGAGUCACUGCCACGGGACAUCAACGCCCGAAAGAUGUCCCGCUUUGAGGUGACGCCCGUCGGCUUUGGAAAGCAGACGAUGUCUGCCGGAGGUGGAAUUGAGUCGGGAAGCGGCGUCAAGUCGCCCAAGUCUAUUCUCAAGCAGACAAUCUCCUUUACCUACUCGCCUAAUGCCACCGUCACGGCGCUUUCCGCUCAAGCUGACUCUCGUCUGCGUCAAGCAUUUGAGAACAUCUUCCUAAAGAGUUUAAAACUGCAAGACGCCAAUCCAGACAAGAACAAGCAGCAACCGGUGCAGACGCCGCCCUCCAGUUAUCACCGAAGAGUUCAGCUACCCCGUGAACGAGUAAUUGACAUGUCACCUGAAGAGCAGCUGGCCUGGGAGGAGGAGCAGCUCAACUCGAUGGUCGACUUCAACGAGUGCACAAUCGACCCGGCGCCCUUUCAGCUGGUCGAGCGGACGACACUCCUCAAAGUCCACUCCCUUUUCUCCAUGCUCGGCCUCAGCCACGCCUACGUCACCUCCAUCGGUCGACUGGUGGGCGUAGUGGCGCUCAAGGAUCUUCGAAUGGGCAUCGAGAAGAUGAACGCCGGUCUGCUGGCCCCCAAACACUCGCCCGACUCGACCUACAUUCACUCGCUGGACUGUGAUCCGCAGUACGAGGACACGCUCACCUCGCUGGCCACCAACGACUCGGAGAUCAACAGCAGCAAGGAGCACAGUGAUAAGGACUGA